AUGACGUAUGAUCCGUAUUAGACAAAAGGACUAGACUCAGCAGAAAACAUCCCACAAUUACAGUCUGAGACUUGGUCCCAACUGGUACCCUAUUCCCUAUAGUGCACUUCUUUAACCCAUAGGGCUCUGAUCAAAAGUAGUGCACUAAAUAGGGAGGGAAUAGGAUGCCAGUUGGGAGGUAGACUGAGAGUUACCCUUUGAGCUGGGAAAUACAGUACUGUAAGGGGAAGGAAUCUACACUGUGGAUGUCUUUGGUUUCUGUGGCAGGGAGCAGUUAGUUUCCCAUCAGUGGAGAUUUUUUAGAUUUGUUGGCUGUGUAUGUGUGUGUGUGUGUGUGUGUGUGUGUGUGUGUGUGUGUGUGUGUGUGCGUGUGCCAGCGAGUGUGUACAAGCUUUAUAGGCCCUAGAUGCCUUCUUCAGUUUGGCCCUCACACACCUCUCACCAGCCAAGCACUGAUCGUGUGGAGACAUAGACCUUGUCCACUGUGAUCUCUUGAAUGUAUCACUUUCAGCAACAGCUUUAAAUAACAGAGGAAAUAACAGGGGAAAACCUCCAUUUGAUCCAGUCAUGUUGGAUUUCAGCUCGUCGAAACUAGAGACCUUGGGAAUCGUGACAAGAGAAGUGCUUGGCCAAUUUGCUUAGCUUGGUAUCUUGUGUGAUUAUGGUGAAAGCCUCGCUAUUAUAGCUCUGUCUACACCACCAGUAUAUGCCCUGUAGGAAUAUCCUUAUCUGACCUCAGGACUAAAUCAACUAAAGGCCCACUGUAAAACUCCCUGGUCCUCUAGGCACGAGCUGGGGUCUGACAGUGUCCUACAAAUUUGUCCUUCAAUUUAAAGCAUGACUCAAUGAACCCGUUUACUCCUGUAGCUGUGCUGACCGUGGACAAUUCCGUAGUGGACGUGGAAACCAUCCAGGCUUUAUAUGAAAACGUGAGUGUCCUGAACUACUUGUGUUUGUAUACGAGUCCUCCUUUCUUUUACCGUACUGUUCUCUUUCAGAGAGACCGGCAUGACUUUUACAUUUUGAGAUCUCUUCAGUGUUAAGUGUUGUUUGUACCUCUCUCAUCUCAGAGAGCCCAGCCUGAUGAGCUGGAGCGGAUAAAGAAACACUACCAGACUUCAGAGGAGGAGCAGGUCAAGCUUCUGGACAAACCUGAACAGUGAGUGUUCUCCUUUCCCUUCCUUAUCACAUUUUGUAUAUUCUGUGGAGGGCGGAAGCUGGAGCCCAGCGGGAUUAGCUCCAACUCAAGGCGCCAUCUUUAUAUUGGAACUCUAAUGUAGGACAAAAGACUUGACAAAGGCGGUAGUGACAUCAAAGCAACGUCCAUCAUGUCUUCUUCCUUGUCACCCGUGUUGUCUCUAGGUUCCUGUAUGAGUUGUCUCAGAUACCAGAAUUCCCGGACAGAGCUUCAUGUAUCAUCUUCCAGUCUGUCUUCAUAGACGGCAUGGCCUCCAUACAGUGCAAGUUGGACAUCGUCUCUAGUGUCUGCGAGGUUGGAACUCUCUCUUCAUGUUAGUUCAUACUAGGUGGCUGUCAAAGGGGUAGAGUGUUUUGGUAGUCCAGUAACAGAGGAACCACAGGAAAAGUGUUUUAAUGUAGAACACAUAUCCAUAAUAAAUAAAGAGUCUUCAAGGGAAACUCCACUCAAAAAAAAAAAUCUAUUUUUAUUUUUUAUUUGUCAUUAGUCGGCUGUUGAUACAGUCCAAAAAAAUGUUUGGCAUGUCAGCGGUGAAGUUUUCAAGAUAUUGGACUUUCAAGAAGCAAAGUGUCACGGGCCACAUCAUCACAUUAAAUGUAAAUGAGUCAAGGAGCUUGUCCCAGUAGUCUGAAGUGUAUUUCUGUCUCCAGGAUCUGAUGGAGACCUCAGUGUGAGGGAGGUAUGUGGUCUGGUUCUAGCCCUGGGGAACCACAUGAACGGGGGCAACAGGACCAGAGGACAGGCUGACGGCUUUGGACUGGAGAUCCUGCCCAAACUAAAGGACGUCAAGAGCAGGGUAAGGGCCAUGUUACAGGAUGAAGUACAGUUAGAUGAGUGUAUAAUAUAGCAUAGUAAAAACCUACAGCUCACAGUAUUUUUGAAGCAGAAGACAGACAGAUGUAUUGUUUGGUGUUGGGUUCCUUUGUGUUUGAGGUUCUUUUGUGUUCUCUGUUCUCUUCUUCUUGAAGGACAAUCGUAUCAGUCUGGUUGACUAUGUGACAUCGUACUAUCUCCGCAAACCUGGAUGAGGUAAUGUCAAACAUUGUUAAUCACUUUAUUGUAAUGCAUUUUACUGGAAGUUAGUCUAUGGUUGUUUGAGAUUUUUGUAAUUCAGGUGUUUUUUUAUUGUUUCUAUGUAGAAUGCCCCUAGAACAAAUGUCAUGUUGUUGUUGUUGUUGUUUUUGUCACUCUGAUGUUGCUGUUCUGGUUUCCCCCAGAAUGCUGGAACAGAGAGAAGUGUCUUCCCUCUCCCUGAGCCUCAGGAUGUGUUCCUGGCUGCCCAGGUCAAGUUUGAAGACAUCACCAAGGACCUGAGACAGCUUAGACGAGACCUGGCAGGUCAGAGGACAUUCAUGCCUAAUCACAACACUGUGAUGUUAGCAACACAUAGACAGAUAGGCAGGCAAGAAGGCAGGCAGGCAGGCAGACUGACUGACAGACAGAAGGAGUCUCAGCUUCACAUGCUGUGCCAGAGUCAAAGGUUAUCACUGUGGUUUUCGCCUUCGAUAAACAACUGUUUAGAUCUGGGGUUCUUAAACCUUUUCAGCUCGAGACCCAAAUGAAAAAUUGACCAUCUUCCUAUGACCCAAAUUGUCCUUCAUUGACCCAAAUUAAGAAGAAUAGUGUGUUAUUAUAGAUGUAUUCUCAUAACUCGCGGCCACCUUACAUGCCCAGGGCCCACUUUUGGUCCCGACCCAUAGUUUAAGAAACCUUGGUUUUUCUGGUUUCUUUCCCCCUCUCUCUCUGCUCCUCUCCAAACCCCCCCCCGUUUUGAGGAAACAAAAGCAAAGAUAGAAACCCAAUCAAGAAAAAAAACAAAAAAAAAAAGAAAAAUGCAGAAAAAAAAGAACAAGAAACCAAGAAAACAAUAACCCCCAAAAAAACACAAAAAAAAAAAAAAAAAAAAAAAAAAAAAAAAAAAAUAAAAUCAAAAAAGAAAAAAAAGAGCAAAGAAAAAAACAAAACAAAAUAAGAACAAAAGAAAGGAAAUACAAGAAAAAAAAAAAAAAAAAAAAAAGAAAAAAAAAAGCAACGAAAAAAGAAAAAAAAAAAAAAAAAACGAAAAACACAGCCGAAACAAAAGAAAAAAAAUAAAAAAAGAUAAACAAAGAGAAACCAAAAAAAGAAACAAAAAAGAAGACAAAAAAACAAUAAACCAAGAACAAAGAAAAUAAAAAACAAAAAAAAUAACAAAUAAAAAAAAAAAAAAAACAAAAAAAAAACAAAAAAAAAAUAAAAAAAGAAAAAAAACAAAAAAAGGGAAAAAAAAAAAAAAAAAACAAAAAAAAAAAAAAAAAAAAAAAAAAAAAAAAAAAAAAAAAAAAAAAAAAAAAAAAAAAAAAAAAAAACAAAAAAAAAAAAAAAAAAAAAAAAAAAAAAAAAAAAAAACAAAAAAAAAAAAAAAAAAAACCCCCCCCCAAAAAACCCCCAAAAAAAAAGGGGAAAAAAAAAAAAAAAAAAAAAAGAAAAAAAACCAAAACCCCAAAACCCCCAAAAAAAAAAAACCCCAAAAAAAAAAACAAAAACCCCCCCCCCCCCCCCCCACCCCCCCCCCUUUCCCCCCCGGGCCCCCCCCACCCCCACGGGCCCCUCAAAAUUUCCCUCACCCCAGAUGAGAUUACAAAGAAUACUGUUUUCAUUCAGGAUUUGUGUAAACUGUGGAGGCGGGGUAUCUGCAUUGUGUGGCGACUAGCGAAUCUUUUCUCUUUUUUACCUUUUGGUUUUGGAGUUUGGUCCUUUCAGACAGGAAGAAGGUCAUUCAGUCUCAGGUAAACAGAGGACUACUUUUGGUGACACGGGUGUGUUUUGAGAUGGAGUUGAAAGCAGAACCACUGUCCUGUAGAACAGCUAAUGCACUUCUUGAGUUGUUUUUUUGUUUGUUUCAUGUAGGUUAUAUCUCAUCUGUGAUUGGGCAGCUCUUGACCUGUGUGACCAAUCAGUGAUUCCACAAAUAGAUGUGAUUUCCUUCCUGACAAAGGAAACAGCUUUCAUUCUAGAACCUAGAGAUUACAGUGGGGGUCUUUAUCACACUCAAUGGAAACCCUUUCAGGAAAUAAUAUAUUCAAAAUGUAUUGUGCGUAGGCACAGACCCCCGCAAAGGGAUUCAUUCAAUUACUACAGCUGACAGUUCAUAUUUCCCAGUGGGGAUAUACUUCUGUAUCCAACCACAACUCAGAGAAUAGCUAAGCACACACACACACAUUAUGUUCUUCUAAUCCUCGUGGGGACCUAAAUUAAUUUCCAUUCAAAAUAAAAUGUUCCUUAAACCCUUUCCAUAACCCUAACCUUAAUCCUAACCUUAACCCGUAACCCAAACCCUAAACCUAACUCCUAACUCCUAACCCCUAAACCUAACAACUAACCCCUUACCCUAGCCCAAAUUCUAACCUUAACCCUAAUUGUAACCCAAACCCUAAACCUAACUCCUAAGCUUAAAAUAGCCUUUGUCCUCAUGGGGACGUGGGAAAUGUCCCCACGUGGGAGAAUCUUCCUUGUUUUACUAUCCUUGUGGGGACUUUUGGGGAUUUUAGGUCCCCACAAGGAUAAAAGAACCCACACACACACAAACACACACCCAUACACACACACCCACACACACACACACAUACACACACUACACACAUACAUACACACACACAUACACACACAGACACACCCACCCACACACACACACUAACACACACACACACACACGCACACGCACACACACAUACACACACCCACCCACACACACACAUACACACCCACAUACACACCCACAUAAGCACGCACACCCAAACACACCUACACCCACACACACAUACACAAACUAACUAAACAGGGAACAGAUCAGAACAAAGGCAUGGUUCAACCCAGGUAUGAGGGAGGUUCAAACAGCAAGACAAAAGGCUCCUGAGAUAGAUGGAGAGAUGUCACGGUGGUUGGGAGUCUCAGUGAUAAGACCUAGUCGUGUUGAGAGGUAGUGAGAAGGGCAUCUGUAACUCACAUCUGGUGGCCACAGGGGAGGCCAUACUUUCGUGGUAUGCGUACGUCCAUGUUGUGUGUGUGUGUGUGUGCGUGCGUGUGUGCGUGCGUGUUUAUAGGGCGGUCCGUUUGGGUUGAUAAGGAGUACCCCCUUUAGAUUACAUAAGGACAGUGAUGUGAUUGUCGCCCUCCACUCUGAUCGCUGGCGACACACAGUGCAGUCUCACAAAGACACAGAGACAGAUCUGAUGGGCAGGAUUAUAGCUGUAUCUGAAAGGCGCCAGGGCAGUAUCACAGAGACUCUGAAUCAGAGACACUCCAAGAAGUCUCUGGACACAGACACACACACACACACACCACACACACACACACACACACACACGCACACAGACUGAGAAGUCUCUAAACACACACACGUGCAAACUGUCUCACACACACAGGAAUAGAGAGAGAGAGUGAAGUGCAUUGACCUCAGCACUAUCAUAGCUGGGAUUGGUUGGUAAAUGGAAUCAUAUGGGCACACUUAAAGACAGUAGAGAAUAGUUGAAGGGCUAAAAACAGGAGAAGGAAGAGAUGACAGUCAAGAAAGGAAAGCUUUUGUUCUGAAGCUGAGUUGACUUUGAGUUGGUCAAAGGCGGUCCUUAGCUUAAGUAUAAACAGGGUUUCUGAAUGACUGCUGUGGGGAAACCAGCUUUGACUGGAAACGAGCUUUGUUGCUGCCUGUGCUGUUGCCUGUGUGAAUGAAUGGGGCCUGGUGAGAACAGAACCCUGCCAGACUGAUGCCGAGGUUACAGCUGUGAGGAAUCUGAAGCAGCACUAACUACAGCUAUAGAGUUACACAGGCUGGCGGAGGCUCUCAAACACUAACACACACAACAAACUAACCUCAGAGUAACACCAUUCCACUCACCCGGUCACAUGAAUACGAAAACAUGCUGUUACACUUUUCAAGUUGGUUGGUGGGGUGUUUGUGAUCGUCUGCACAUAAUGUUGUCUCAUGGAAAAAAUAACCAGUGUUUUUCCUGUUUUCACAGUGUGUGAAGAAGGUGUUCAGAAGGUGUGCUCCAGCUCUCCAGAGGAACACCUCCAGACGUUUAAGGACAAGAUGGAGGCGUUCCUUCUGAAUGGUGAGUAG